UCACCCCAGCACAAAUAAAAUCAAUCUGCCUGGCCAUACUAGAAUCAGGAAAACAGUAUGCAGUGAAGAAGAGGAAACCAUUCCCACUCAUGUAUUCCUACUAUGGAACAGAGUAUCUUGGUGCAGCACAUGGGCUUUCAUCAAUCCUUCAGAUGCUGCUCUCCUAUUAUGAGUACCUGCAGCCAGCAGAUCAGGAGCUUGUGUGGCAGAGCGUGGAUUUUCUCAUGGACCAAGAGCAGAACAACAACUGGCCUCCCGAGCUGGGGGAGACAAUAGAGAGGGAGAAUGAGCUUGUGCACUGGUGUCAUGGAGCUCCAGGCAUUGCAUAUCUAUUUGCCAAAGCUUACCUGGUUUCCAAGAAGCCUCAAUACCUGGACACUUGUAUCCGCUGUGGAGAGCUGACGUGGCAGAAAGGCCUGUUGAAGAAGGGCCCUGGAAUUUGCCAUGGAGUGGCUGGUAGUGCUUAUGUGUUCCUGCUGCUCUAUAGGCUCACUGGAAACUCAAAAUACAUAUACAGGGCACAAAGGUUUGCAGAGUUCUUGUUUACAGAAGAAUUUAAGGCUGGUUCCCGAGCAUUAGAGAGUGUAUAUAGUCUGUAUGAAGGUUUCUCGGGGACUGUGUGUUUCCUGACUGACUUGCUGCAGCCCAACCAAGCUGAGUUUCCUCUCUUCAGUGUCUUUGUCUAAAGACUAACAUUCUCCAGGGCCAC